AUGCACAUGUGGGUGCACAUAUUGAACCUGACCAAGGCCAUGGCCAACCUCUGGAUGGGCACACAGGUCAGUGUAGUGGAACCCAUUGCAGAGCCUGUUGUCAUCCUGGUGUUUGACAUGGAGGAAGUGGGGCCAGUGCCUGAAUGGUUUGAGUGGGAGCCAAUGCCUGUGACCAAUGAAGCUAGCUUGGGUCUCAGCACCAUGGAGGCUGAUGAGCUGGUAGGAUGGGCUGACACAGACCUCUCCCACACCCAGAAGGAACAGCUGCACAGCCUCCUACUGAAGAAUGGGGACCUCUUCAGCGUCAAGCUGACACCAGGGCAGGCUCUCAUGAUCCCCCAUGAGAUCAACACACAGGGGCACUGA